UCUGCCCGACAAUCAAGCAACUGCAACUUGAUUCAAUUGAUAUUUGCUUGCCAGUCAAUACUCGACCUGGUAGUAUGUUUUCUGGUGUUACCUCUUUAGAGUUCACUUACGUUGAUUUUCACCGUGACGAUAGCCUCACAGUUAUCCCUCGUAUUCCUCAUCUUGAGGUGCUAGUAUUCUGGAAUUGUGAUGGGAUAGAUAUGUUCGUGAUCAAUGCUCCAAGACUUAAAUACCUCAGCUUCAUCGAUGCUCAGUUCGUGGCUGAAUGGGAAUGGUUUGAGCUUCAUUUUCGUGUCAUUAAGACUCUUUGCUUCGGUGCAUAUACGUUUUUGGUGAGAAUCAUGCCUUCGUAACAUGUUGCACCAUUCAUAAAGAAUAGGCCCCAUGAUACAUAUGUGUGUUCUCUAGUCUCAUUUAAGGUUAACCAAUUGCUUUGUUUUGUCUUUGACUUUAUAAAGUAUAAGACUGAUGCUACGAUAAAUAUCCAAGAGAGGCUUCCAACUGCUACAAAUCUGCAAGUGAUUGAGCUGCAUGAUUUUAGGUUUGCUGAUGCGAAUUGUGCUAAUCUUGUUAUUCAAUUGCUUCGGAAAUGCCCAAAGCUACGCGAACUGGAGAUAUUUAUAUUAAAGAAUCAGUCACGUUUGUGUGGUGAAGUCGAUCCAACUAUUUUGAGAGAUCCAGACGGUUGGUUUAGUGAUCAGGAUCUCGGUGAGCUUAGAACACUCAAGAUGAAAUCGUUUAAAGGAUCAAGAGAGGAAAUGCUCUUUAUCAGAUUAAUUCUAUCAAAGUCUCCCUCCCUUGAGGAAGUUUUAAUUACAAAAUCAGGUCGCAUUGAUACCUCUGUGGCUUUAAAAGUACUAACGGAGAUGAUCUCCUACCCUCGUGCUUCGCCAAAAGCAAAAAUUGUUUUCCUGUGACAUAGCUAGGCGCUGCUCUAUUUCCUGGAUAUUAGGCAUUUGUAGCCCCUUAUAAGGUGUGUCUCCAUCAGUUCUGCUUGCAUAGGUCCUACACAAAAUUCUGAAGUCCUUUUGGUGUAAUAUAUUUGGUGACAUCCAAUUUUCUUAUAAUUUAUUUUGUGAUAUAUGGUUUCUUCAAUUUUCAUAACCGCAUUUAAGUCACAGGUUGUGUAGGUUAUUUUAUUACUCACGGGUUCUUCAAUCUUCAUUUGAGGUUCGAAACCGGUGAGCAUGGGAAACUGGAGCGCUCUUGAAGUGAUAUUAGUUUAUAUAACCACAUUUAAUUCACAGGUUACAAGGUUUUACUUUUUACGAAUUAAAGAGCAUAGGUAAUAUAUGCUACAGAGAAGUAGAACACUACUAGAUUAUCUGUCUUUUGUUGGUGAUGUUGUAGCCUUGGCAUCCCAUCAUCCUUGUGGGAUUGUAUUGUUUCUAGACCGUGUUUAGAAAAUAGGUUUUGUUAACUGAAUCAUGGGACCUUGAUAAAAGUUUGACUGUAUCAAUGCUGAUAUGAUCAUACUCAAUAAGUUAGUUACAAAAUAAGAUAAGUAUUCUUUGAUGUCUCGUAAACCAAUGAGCAUAAAAACAUAUAUACAGGUACAUUGGAAUUCCACACAACAAAAUCAUUAGAGUUACAGAACGAUAUGUAGAUACCUCCUUAGCAGGAGAGGGAUGCAUAGUUCCACACUGUUCAAGUCUUUCAUUCCUCAUUCUAUGCCAAUACUCCAAUUUAUCUACAAGCCACUCAAGAUUCGGUCUUAGGUUUUAGGGCAUCUUUCAACACUUGUUUCCAUGUAAAUGAUCCCGUAUCUACCCUGAAGUAUCAAGCACAAUGUCUUCAAAACCGAUGUCGGUUCCAUUUUCUGAAAUAAAAAUAAAAAAUGCCUAAUUCGCCAAGAAACCCGAUAAACCGUUGUGAACUAAAUA